UCAUUUUAAAUUCUUCAUUAAUCUCUUUUCCUCAUGAGGGACUGGCAAGGCUCCAGUGCAUAAUUGCAUGAUGUUUGAGACAGAAGCCUUGGUUACUGCAGUUUUACACAAUGCCCUGCGAACACGGGCCUUGUCUUCCUUACGUAGCGCUGAUGCUCCCUCCCCUUUACGUCCACCUGUGAUCUCAGCAUGGCUGCGUGCAGCACCUUGCAGUUCCUGGGUUAGUUCUGCCAGCUCUGGACUCAAGAACGUACAGAAUUAUUUUGGAAGCGAGGAGAGUAUCAAGUGAUCUGGCCUGCUGAAGAGGAUACUGAAGCUAUCUCUGAGCGGAGAUUUUGGACUUGCAGGAGGAAGGCUGAGUCCCCCCAUGUGCCAGAACUGCUCCUCCUUACCAAGGAAGUCAAAGUGAAGGACAUAGGUCAAGGGCAGCUUUUACAUUCCACCCAAAAGGCACCACGGUUUGAGAUGAGGAAUUCAGAAGAGCAAGCAGCUACGACAGUUUUACAGCGCCUGCUGCAGGAGCAGCUCAGAUACGGAAACCCGAAUGACAACCGUAACCUCCUCGCCUUACACCAGCAAGCCACGGGAAAUGCCCCCCCUUUCAACAGCACCGGGAACCCAGCGCCACAGAACGAAGGGCUGAGCUCCCAGGACCACCAGCUUGUGACUCAUGCUGCCCGUCAGGAGCCCCAGGGCCAGGAGAUCCAGGUGGACAACAGCAUCAUGGAGAAGCAGCUCUCCCCGCGGCUCCAAAACAGCGAAGACCUCCCGACCUACGAGGAAGCCAAAGUCCAGUCACAGUAUUUCAGGGGCCAGCCGCACGCCAGCGUCGGGGCAGCGUUUUACGUAACGGGGGUAACCAACCAAAAGAUGAGGACUGAAGGGCGGCCCACGGUUCAGCGGGUGAGCCCGGGGAAGGUCCACCAGGACGAAGGACUUAAGGACCUCAAGCAAGGCCACGUCCGCUCCUUGAGCGAGAGGCUGAUGCAGCUGUCCUUGGCCACCAGCGGUGUCAAGGCGCACGCGCCAGUCACAAGCGCGCCGCUCUCCCCCCUCUCCCCGCUUUCCCCUCAGCAGUCGAGCGACCCUUACAAAAAUUCUGGUUCCAACGAGUUCUACAAGAACUCGGUGCAGCCCCCUUCCCAGCCCAGCAUGAAAGGGAUGGAGCAGCGGGGUCCUCCUCCAGAGUAUCCUUACAAAAACGUGUCCACCCCAUCCAUGAACUGCAAACCUCAGGACUCGGGGCAUUUCUAUAGCGAUCACCGCGUGAGCCAGCAGGGAAGAUCCGAUGGGCCUAUGAUGAGGUAUCAGCAUCCCCCUGAGUAUGGGUCAGUCAGGCAGAACCCAGACGUGCAGCUGCAGCUACAACAGAGACCACCUCACCACCACAGUCCGACGUCGUCCUUGACGUCCUUGGGAUCUUUGACCCUGCUCCAGUCUCCACCGCCAUCCAGGCUGUCCCCUUCCCAGCAUCAGCAGCCCCUGACUCCGAGCCAGGGAGAUCCUGGCCUCCUGCCACGGACCCAGCAGCCCUUCUUGUCAAACCAAGUGCAUCAGGGAGAUCUGUACCGACUAUGCCAGCCUUUUCUGGGCCCGCAGCAGCAAGGCGAUUCCUAUUCCGUAAUGUCCAGGGCUCAGCAGAUACCUUCCCCGUACCAACAGAUGCAAGUAGAUCCUUUUUCUAUAGUUUCCAGGGCCCAGCAAAUGGUGGAAAUCCUGUCAGAAGAGAACAGGUCUCUACGACAGGAGCUAGAUGGGUGUUACGAGAAGGUGGCCCGGUUGCAGAAGCUGGAAACAGAAAUUCAACAAGUUUCAGAGGCAUACAAAAACCUGGAGAAGUCAUCCUCGAAGCGGGAUGCCCUGGAAAAGGCCAUGAGAAACAAGCUGGAAGGAGAAAUUCGUAGGCUUCAUGAUUUCAACAGGGAUCUGAGAGAACGUAUGGAGACAGCCAACAAGCAGCUUGCGGAGAAGGAAUUUGAGGGUUCUGAAGACAAUCGGAAAACCAUCUCUCAACUCUUUGCACAAAACAAGGAGACACAGCGGGAAAAGGAGAAACUGGAAAUAGAACUGGCUGCUGCACGCUCCACCAACGAAGACCAGCGGAGACAUAUUGAGAUCCGAGACCAGGCCUUGAACAACGCUCAGGCCAAGGUGGUGAAACUGGAGGAGGAGCUCAAAAAGAAGCAGGUCUACGUUGAGAAGGUGGAGAAGAUGCAGCAGGCCCUGGUUCAGCUGCAGGCAGCGUGUGAGAAACGGGAGCAGCUGGAACAUAGGCUGCGGACACGGCUGGAGCGAGAGCUGGAAUCUCUCCGGAUGCAGCAGCGUCAGGGUACAUCUCAGGCUGCCAACGUGUCGGAGUACAACGCCACGGCACUUAUGGAGCUCCUGCGCGAGAAGGAAGAAAGGAUUCUUGCUCUGGAAGCCGACAUGACUAAGUGGGAGCAGAAAUACCUGGAGGAGAGUGUGAUGAGACAGUUUGCUUUGGAUGCAGCUGCGACUGUGGCUGCUCAGAGGGACACGACGGUGAUCAGCCACUCACCUAACCCGAGCUAUGACACCUCAUUGGAAGCUCGCAUUCAGAAGGAGGAGGAAGAGAUCCUGCUUGCCAACAGGAGGUGUCUCGACAUGGAGGGAAGGAUCAAGACUCUGCAUGCUCAGAUCAUUGAGAAGGACGCCAUGAUCAAAGUGCUGCAGCAGCGCUCCCGCAAGGAGCCCGGGAAGACUGACCAGCUCUCCUCAAUGAGGCCCGCCAAGUCGCUCAUGUCCAUCUCAAACGCGGGCUCGGGCUUGCUGUCCCAUUCAUCCACGCUGAGCAGCACUCCCAUCCUGGAGGAGAAGAGGGAGGACAAGAGCUGGAAAGGCAGUCUAGGCGUUCUGCUGGGAACAGAAUAUCGUUCGGAAUCCAUCCCCUCCACGCCCUCUCCUGUCCUUCCUUCCACCCCGUUGCUGUCAGCCCACUCGAAAACAGGCAGCAGAGACUGCAGCACCCAGACUGACCGGGGGAGCGAUCAAAGCAAAGCUGCUCCUCCUGCUGCAGCUCCCACACCAGGACGACUCCCCAGUACUGGCCUGGCCUACAGCGCGGACAAAACAGAUGGGCCACUCUUCCACUCCAGCACCCUUGAAAGAAAAGCCCCUGUUCAGACCAUGGGUCAGGACCUCCCAGAUGGAGAGAUGGUAGAAUACCUCAUCUGAAAGGCUGUGCCAGGAUCUAAGCUGGGAUACAAUAGCAAGAAUUUUUUUAAAAGACAUUUUUAUUGGGAAAAAAUUUGUAGUACCUGAGUAAUAAAAGAAAACUCAGCUGUUUGCUCUUGUAUAUUAUGUCUCAAAAGUAUGAACAGGUUAAUUUAUAAUUUGUUCUAAAUUAUAAAAAAAAAAAAAAAAAAAAUUCAUAACACUUGUUCUUUGAAAGUUUCCCCCUUUAUUUUUUAAUUACUGGAUCUGGUAAUGUCUGGAUAAAAAAAAACAAGAACUUAGGCACACUACAUCUUGUAUUUCAUUUCAGUAUUUUUAAAGUCUUAAACAGAAGUACCUGCUCUCACAGCUGUUGGCUAAUUGUCUACUUUUAACACAGUACGAUGGGCAUGAAGGCCUUAUAAUGAUCAGAACCAGGGACUUAGUUAUCAGCACCACUUAAUGGUUUCAGAUCACAGGUGUUCAGAAGAAGCUGAGAUGAGGUAUGAUCAAGGGAGAUUUCUCUUUGCAGUCAGAGUGAGAACUCAAAAUAGGUAUUUCACAGUCAUAGGCUGGAAAGAUCUGCAUUUUCAGUAGGGUAUUUUUUUUUUCCCCAAGUCGUGUUAUUCCUAUUAAAAAAAAGGAAAAGACAAGACUCCGGUGAUUAAUGUCACAUUUCAUGUUUUCAGUUGCAUCGAAAGAUUUGCCAUGAUUUUAUACUUUUUCAAUAAUUUAUACAGUGGAUAGUAAUUAAUAUAUUGCAUUCAUGUUUUACGUAAAUUAAAAAGGACAUUUUCCAGGCUAGGUCCUGAUUUGUUAGGUCAGAUUUCUGCCAUUGUAAUUCCAUUGGCUUUAGUGGAGCUACUCCCACUUCAUAGUAGUGCAAGUGGCGAGCGCUGUUGCUUUUCAGUGUUAGCAACUUCAUCUGUGGAGAACUUUCUCUUUACAGGUUUCUCUAUAUUUCACAUGCCUUCCUUUGUAUGUCCUGCGUUCUGGGAGAUAGUAGAUGCUUUUUCAUAUAGCAAAACCUCGGAGGUAGAGGUUUAAAAGGGAGCUCUGUGUAAAGUUUCAGAUGGCAAAUUCUGUCCUUUCAAAUUAUUUUUUUCUUUAUCUAACUGGAGAGAGCAGCUUAAAUAACCCCCCUGAGGCAUUACGGAAGGAAGUUACGCGUUCUAGUUGUCAGGUUCUCUUUCAGAUCCUUGGAAACUGCCACAAAUGCAGCAAUACUUUGGUCGCAGGUGCUGUAAGGAGAUACUAAGACCAAUAGAAGUAAAUGUUUGAGUAUUUUUUGUUACUGUCUUUGCAUUUUAUUAAAACAGUUCAAUAUUAAUUUCUGUUAAAAACUUUUUUUUACUUGAAUGUUUAAAUGUUUAAUUAGCUCGUAGUCAUGUGUCAGGAACCUGGCUAGCCUCAGCUUUCUGUGCAACAUUAGAGUAGCCAGAUUUUAAUUUCAGAUCACUCCAGAAAUUAGAAAAAAUAGCCGUUAAUCAUCCAACAGCUAGUGAAUGUCCUCAAUUCUUACUUGGUUGACACUGGUGAUAAGGUGUCCUCUUGAAAUGGCCUUACCAGAUCAACAAAUAUAAUGUGAAGUUUGCAGUGGAGGGUUGGGAGAUGGAAGGAGGUGCCUUCUCUCACCGCACGGGUGUCUUAGCAGUGCCUGAAGAUCAGCUCCAAGUUGGAUUCUGCUCGUCUUCUAGUGGUCAUUGCUUAGAAAAGCAAGGCAAGCAGUUCCCGUCAUACCUGGCAAAUUUACUGCUUGUUAGUACUCUCCAGCCAAUAUUCCUGGACCCAGAGAAGUUCGAGAUGGUAGAAUGUGUAUGUUGUAAGAUAGGGACUGAGCCUAAAUAGCCUGACCUUACUGCAAGAUACGACUAAGUCUAAAUAGCCUGACUUGGCCUAGUGACCUCUCUAACAGGCUGCACAACCUUCCUUCAUCACACUGCGUCAGACACUCCAGAGCUGCGCUUUACGGCUUGGACAGUCUCUGCCAUAUGGGACAAUGUUCUGGAGUACAGCAGACCUUUUCUAAGGGUAUUCUAAGAAUUUGAUUUAGUUCUCCACCCUUUUCUAGACAAACUAUUCACAGCCUCUUUGUUCUCACCCCUUGCAUUUAUUUCUGUUGACUUAAUUCCAUCCUGUUACGUGAAGUUAUGCCCACUCUGGGUGAUUUUAGGUGGUUUCCCUUCCUCUUCCCCAGUUGCUGGAAAUGCAGAAGAAGCUUUUCUUAUUAGGUCACUAUGUCCAUUCUUCUGCCCUUUCAGCUUCAUUUUCUGUAUUGGAUUUUGUGGUUUGGGCUUAGAAUGAACCAUAAGGGAGAUCAAAUGCCACUGGGAUGUGUGACAGAGAGGAGAGAGGUCUGAGUACUUUUCUGCUCUUCUAAAGUCAGAAAAAAAUGAUAUUCCAUCUUUACAAGUGCUUCUCAGCAGUAGGAAAGAAGUUUUGCAGCUGUAGGGCUCUGGAUAAACAGUUCCAACUCACUUGAUUCACUUUAAUUCUGAAGUGCCUAGGACAUUUUUGAUCUUUUACAGAUAAAAUCUGUUUCAGAAAACUGAUUUUUCCCAGUCGGUAUUGGCUGUUAGCUGGACUAGGUAAAAACAAUUUGUUUAUACUCCUUGCAGCUCAUUGUUUUCAAACUGAGCUCCACUGCAAUCUAUUUUUGUAUACUUUGUAGAGAAAAGGACAUAAUAGUCUUAUGUGAAUGUAAUGCAGAUGAUGCACAGCAGCUGCCUCCUCAAAAAGUGGCAGCCAGGUGGUCUCUGACAGAGCAAGCCGUCAGGAUCGCGGUAGCCUUACUGUUUAUGUGCCAGUAGAAGUGAAUUUGGAAGCCAGUGAUGCAUUUUCACAGUCCUUAGGUCAAGUUCUUUGCCCUGUUUUACAGUUUUGAUUUCUCCCAAAAGCAAAGCCCCUGAAAUUUUUUGACAGGGAAGUUUGAGGUAAUCUUCCUGUGCUGAUAAACUAGGAACCAUGAGGAAUGUAGUCUUCCCCUCGAGCUUCCUCAGAGCCAUCCUGAUGUGAAUGUAAACGAGCUGCUUGCUUUGAGGAAGGUGUGUACUAUAGUCUUCAGUCUCCCUGUACAGAUUUUUAUUUUGUUUUUAAACAAACUGCUUUAAGGAGACAAACUGCACACCUAGUUCCUUCUGUAGAGCUUAUUACUAGUAGAACGUGAUUUUUAACAGGUUGAUUGCAAUGACCUUCUUUGCAAACCAAAAUUUUAGACUAAGAGUUUUUCUUAAACUCGGGUAUUAGAAGCAGAAUUGUAGCUUUUAUUAAAAAUGAAAAAAAGGCCACAUAUUCUUCUUUGUAGAGCAAAACAAGAAAAUCAAGUGUAGUUACUUCUCCUCUUUCCUUUCACUGCGUACAGAUUGGCCAAACUCCCAAGCCCUUUCCGUGGGCAAUUCCUUUGGGAUUUGAAGGCUCAGGGCACUGCCCGAGAUCUGGAGGUUUUUGUUCCCAUCCGACCCAGUGUUGUCAUUAACUGAACAGCUCCUGCCUGGCAGCUCCUGUGGGGUCUAGAGCUGUAAUUCUCUGGUCUGAGCACCCCUGGGGAUCUGAGUUGCUCCUCAGGAGUCUGCCAAGUGUGGCUAAGGUAAGCAAAUGCAGUCAGGGAGCUUAAAUUCUUUCCCUUUUGUAGCAACCACAAAAUGUGAGGCGCAAAGCUGGCAUUAGCUUUGUUUCGUUUUUUUGGCUGCCUGAGGGAGGGGACUUGCAGGACUUUCGGCCAGGACCAUUUCCAAGGAUGCCUCCUGCUCCACGAGCCCGCACCAUCGAGCGGCGGUGUGUUAAGGUGUGUGACGGCUGCAUCCCGUGAGCCAGCCGUGAUCCCGACUGCAGGAGCUGCGCUUUUCCACCUGUAAAGUGACCACAUAAACUCGGGGCAACAAGGACAGCAACACCCUGGGGCUAUUUGGGCUCCUCUGCCUUCCCCGGAGGCUGGCGGCUCUGCUCCGUGCCAGGGCCAGGGGCUGUGGGCAGGGGUUCUCUUUCCAUGUAUUUGUAUAGGAACUUUUUUU